AUGGGUCAGAAUCUUUCUCUUGAGGAGCCAUUCGCCGACACCGCUGGUGCCGUGUUCGCCAAGGAGGACCAGAUGAACAGCAUCAUCUUGGGCAUCGCGUGGGCUGGGUCGGUGUAUGGUAUCGGCAUGAUCUGGUGCGCCGUCACGCUGCUUUCUCGUUGGUCGGGCAGGGAAUCGGACAGAGAUCCAAACCUAUUCUCGGUACUGGCGGCGUUCUUACUAUCGACGGGGUGGCCGAUGAUUAUGCUCUAUUUCGCAAUGUCGAGUCGGUAG